AUGGCAGCCUAUCAUAUCCUCCGGAAAUCCAGACUCCCACCCGACAUCACCCAAAAUGCACCACUUGAUGAUAGCAUUGAUCCAGCACUUUUUUCUCCCUCAAAACGAGUUCGGAUCAUGACUGCUAGCCUGGCAAAAACAGCAUCUGGGAGCUGUUUUGUGUCAAAGGCUCUAGUUACCUCUUCCAGUCUGAUUACAAAACCUGUUCUCAAAGGCCCACCAGAUAUACCAAUUUCCAAGUGGUCCCUCGUAGCUCCUACAGCCUCUGUAUCUAAGAUGUUGCACAAUGACCUGAAAUUAUAUGCUUCAAAACCUCGGGACAGUCUAAUGCUUGCUAAACAACAUGUACAAGGCCGGGAUACAAUCAUUGAGGGAGCCCAUGCUCAGCUCGUAAUCCAAGAUGUUUUCACAAUAAAACAAGGUUAG